GGGUUAAUCCAUCCGUAUCUCCGCGUUUCGCUCGCUGUGUCUGGACUAACCAGCCCGCUUUCUCAUCGUGACAGAACCGGGGCUAGACAGCAAUAGUCGAGUACCAGCUGCAUGAGGGGGAAAGCAGUUACAAUUUCAAACAAAAACAAGCAGAAAGGAUAGAUAGUGUGAGAGAGAGAGAGAGAGAGAGAGGGGGGGACGAGACCUCUGUAACCAGCAAUUACACCAAAAAAACACAACUGGGGGGGAAAAUAAAUAAAUAAUCACCUUUGCAAACCGCGUCGCAGCGCGCAGAUUCUGGAAACUGGGAAAGCUCUGUAUAAUUUACUGGCUUUUAUUUUGUUUUCUUACGUGUGUGUAGUAGCUUAAUUUUAUUUUCGAGCGAGCUUUACUUUCUGUUUUUCUCCCUCUCUCUCAAAGUUAUUUUUUUUAAUUUUAAUUCGUUUUUAAAAACAAACUUUUUAUCUAUUUUUUCAGUCUUUUUUUUUUUUUAUAUAUAUACAUAUAAAUAACAAUUGCAAUGCCCAAGUCGAACAGACUACGAGAAUACAAACCGGGAGAUUUGGUCUUUGCAAAAAUGAAAGGUUACCCGCACUGGCCAGCAAGGAUUGAUGAGCUUCCUGAAGGUGCCGUCAAGUCCUCCUCCAAUAAAUAUCAGGUCUUUUUCUUUGGCACUCAUGAGACGGCGUUCCUGGGUCCCAAGGAUCUCAUCCCGUACGAGGAAUGCAAGGAGAAGUUUGGGAAACCCAACAAGCGGAAAGGCUUCAGCGAGGGACUGUGGGAAAUCGAGAACAAUCCAGCAGUGAAGGAGUCGGGAUACGAGGCGUCGCCACAGCCGGUUCAGAAGGAGGGCGCGGCGGAAGGAGGCGGGGACUCCGCAGGGGGCGGGGCUGUGAAGAAGGGCGUGGCCGAGGGCAGCAGUGAUGAAGAGGGGACGCUGGUGAUUGAUGAGAAGAACGAGAAAGGCGGAGCCAAACGGAAAGCCGAGGAUUCGCUGGAGGACUCCCCGAAACGACCCAAAGAUUCGGAGGGGGGAGUGGAGGAUGAGAACAAGGUGACAGAGCCCGAAACAACCAAGGCCAAUAACAGCGUGGAGGCGGAGCCUGCAGCCCCUGUGGCUCCGCCCACGACGGACUCCCCCAGUGACAAGAAGACUGCCGGCCAAUCAAACGCAUCUGAGGCCAAGCCCACGCCAGACGAGACUGCAACAGACAGUGUUAAAGGGAAGAUCUCCAGUCAACAGACACUCGUUUUUCUGCAGAGUCUGUGUCCUUCAGCAUUUUAAAAAGUGACAGAUAAUUCCUCUUUCAACUGCAAAAGCCUUAUUCACACCAGACGCGAUACGACAAGCGAUUGUGUAACACACCGAGACACACACACGAGACACACUGCUCCAGGGAAACAGGGUCUAGCUGUGUGUGUGUGUGUGAUUAGUGUACUGAAAGAAGUCUACUUUUUGGGGGGGGGGGGGGGGGGGGGGGGGGGGGGGGGGGGGUGGGGGGGUGGUAGCUGUGUAACGGGGCUGUCGCAGCUGGUUUGGAAAGGCAGGGCUGCAGCCAAAGUCGUUUUUAUCGCUGGGGAAAACCGUAAUCUCGUCCGGUGUGAAAAGACCUUUUAGACUAUCUUUAGCUUCAGCGACAGAAAACCUUUUAAUAAAAAUCUUUAAAAAAAAAAAAAAAAAA